UCCCUCGUGGGUUAUGGGAGGCGAUGGUGGGUGAUGAAGCCCAUCCCGGGUAUCAGCCCCUGCUAUCCUCUCCUGGGAAAUGCUUUGCUCUUGAAGCGGGAUGGAGAAGGUUUUUUUAAACAACUACAAGUUUACACUGAAGAGUUCAGGAAGUGGCCAUUAUUCAAACUUUGGUUAGGACCAUUGCCUGUUGUGAUUUUGUUUCACCCUGACAGUGUGGAGGUUAUUCUGAGCAGUUCGAAACAUAUAGAGAAAUCGUACCUGUACACAUUCCUGCAGCCGUGGCUGGGUACUGGACUUCUGACAAGCACUGGAGACAAGUGGCGGUUGCGGAGGAAGAUGAUAACUCCCACAUUCCAUUUCACAAUCUUAACUGACUUUCUAGAGGUUAUGAAUGAACAAGGAGGUAUUUUGCUGGAGAAACUUGAGAAGCAUGUUGACAAGGAACCGUUUGAUAUCUUUUUAGAUGUCACUCUGUGUGCCCUUGAUAUCAUCUGUGAAACGGCGAUGGGCAAGAAUGUGGGUGCUCAGGAGAAUAAGGAUUCUGAGUAUGUUCGUGCUAUCUACAGGAUGAGUGAUCUAAUCCAACAGCGACAGAAGAGCCCUUGGCUUUGGCCUGAUCUUUUAUAUAUGCUGUUCAAGGAAGGAAGAGAGCAUGAGAGGAACCUCAAGAUCCUGCACAAUUUUACAGAUACAGUCAUUGCAGAAAAAGCUGCAGAACUUGAAAACACCAAGCAAACGACAUGUGAUGCUGAUGGCACCUGUGCAGAAAGUGGCUCCAAAAAGAGAAAAGCUUUCCUAGACAUGCUGCUGAGUGCAACAGAUGAUGAAGGGAACAAGUUGAGCUACAGAGAUAUUCGUGAGGAAGUGGAUACUUUCAUGUUUGAGGGUCAUGAUACAACAGCAGCUGCUAUGAACUGGGUCCUGUACUUACUUGGACAUAAUCCUGAAGCCCAGAAGAAAAUUCACAGAGAACUGGACGAGGUGUUUGGCAACACUGAGCGUCCUGUUACAAUGGACGAUUUGAAGAAGCUUCGAUACCUUGAGUGUGUUGUGAAAGAAGCCCUUCGGAUCUACCCUUCGGUUCCGCUGUUUGCCCGUUCCUUGAGAGAGGAUUGCUAUAUUCGAGGAUAUCAGGUACCAAAAGGCACAAAUGUUCUUGUCAUAACUUAUGCCCUGCACAGAGACCCUGAGAUCUUCCCUGACCCGGAGGAGUUCAGACCUGAGCGAUUCCUCCCUGAAAAUUGUAAGGGAAGGCAUCCGUAUGCUUAUGUGCCCUUCUCAGCUGGUCCCAGGAACUGCAUUGGUCAGCGCUUUGCACAAAUGGAGGAGAAGACUCUUCUAGCCCUCAUCCUGCGGCGCUUUUGGGUGGACUCAUGUCAAAAGCCAGAAGAGCUUGGUAUAACUGGAGAACUGAUUCUUCGUCCAAGUAAUGGCAUCUGGAUUAAGCUGAAGAGGAGGCCAAAUGCUGUAUCAAAGUGA